GCUGUGGGUGCAGUUGUGGUGCAGUUGUGGUGCAGAGCGCUUAGGGGUGACAUGCUCAGCAGUUUAUGUGAGAGAAGAGACAUAGGAGGGAAGCAUUGCAGUGGUCUCCAGCAGUCAAGCAGUUAACGGAAGCAGCGCUCAGAUGCUCAUCAUGAAUAUGAAUAAGAGCAAGGCCCCCCCUCUCACACGCCCCCCUCACACCCUCUCCCUGACUCCAGCACCCUCCUCUCUGCAGAGCGACACAUAAAGAGUUAGAGACGCAGUGUAUGGGCACCCAGCUCCGGGCAUGAGACAUCACAUCACAGGUUGUACCCAGUGAUCACGUUGGUACCAGGAAACGUUCCCCAUUGUUGUCAGUUUGCAGCUCAGUUCGUGGACUCUCUCUAUGCCCCUGCAGCUCCUCACAAUGAAUUUCCGUAGCCACCGGCUCCUUCGACGCUCUCCGCCUCCUCCGAUUUCCACCAAACCAACAUCAAUCAGUGGCCCCUCCAGCCUGAGCAGCAUGGCACAGAUCAGCCCUUGUCUUUACUUGUCCAGCGGGAAUGCAGCCGGCAGCCGACACUUGGUUUACUCUCGUAAUGUCACGUGCAUCGUCAAUGCCACCUUGGAAAUCCCCAACUCCAACUGGCCAGAUGUGGACUACAUGAAAGUGCCCGUGCCCGACCUCCCCCACGCUCCUCUGGCUUUGUAUUUUGACUCAGUGGCCGACCGCAUCCACCAGAAUGGCAAGAGGAAUGGCCGGACACUAGUCCACUGUGUGGCCGGGGUGAGCCGCUCAGCGACCCUGUGUAUCGCCUACUUGAUGAAGUACCACCGGCUCGCUCUCCUUGAUGCCUACCAGUGGGUGAAGACCCGGCGGCCCGUUGUUCGGCCCAACAUGGGCUUCUGGCAGCAGCUGAUCCAGUACGAGAAAAAGCUUUUUGGCAAGAACACUGUGAGGCUGGUGCCCUCCCCCCUGGGCCUUAUCCCCGAUAUAUAUGAGCGAGAGACCCACAACCUCAUCCCCGUGUGGAAACUCAGAUAAACUUCCACUUUCUCCUCCGGGACACACAGACAUCAUCUCUUUCCCUUUUAUACUAGGAGGGCAUAACUUACUGGACCUUUUCUAAUCUUAGGAGAAUAUUUUAUAGGUUGCCCACUUAAUUUAUCAACUUCCAUAAGGAUGAGAAAUAACCAGGGAAUGCCAUGCAGCAGAGGUUUGUGUUGUUUGUAUGAGCAGAGUUGCACAAGCGUUUGUUGCCGUGUAACGUGUGCCCGGUUGCUAAGGAGAAAUCACUGGAGGGAGGGCGGGAGGUUGCGGCUUGUUUGCACAGAUUUCUAAAUAAAAGUUAUUUAUCAAGCAGAA